GUUCUUCUUAUCCGGAGCAUUGAUCAAAGGAUCGUUCUUCUCAUUCUCCUCGAUGAACGAUCGCAUUCUGUUGGAACAAGGCAAAAGAGGGUCGGUCACACCGUAUACAUGACGCUAAAAAAGGCGGAAAAACUCGAAAACAUUGCUCACAGAAAAGUGAAAAUUAUUGUAAAAACUGACUGAUUUGAUAUAAUUUCUAAUAUAAUUUAAAAAGCCACAAAGAUGCCACGCACUAAGAUACCAAAGAACUCGAAGCGAAACCGCGACGUGGCCAAUCGCGAGGAGAAGGUCCGCUUGUUCGAAUUAAAGAUGGACUCUAGUCUGAUGAGCAUCGACAAUUUGGAAAUCGCGUACUUGAGCGAGGUGGACAACAAGGUGAAGUCGGUGCUUUCGGUGAUUCAGACCGAGCUGCGUGACAUGAAGAUGUCCGAGAUCCUGCACUUGUUCGGGGAGCUGAACCGCUUUGGAGAGUUCAAGGCCAGCGAUCAGACGCAGAUGAUAGCGUCCAUGUCGGCAAGCACCAACACCACGGGCGGCCAAGGAGUGGCCCUGGCCAGUGGCGGCAGCCGCAACGACGAAGGCUACCUUACAGAGGACAGUAGCCUGGGAGCCAGCGGCGGCAGCAUGCUGGCCGUUUCCACUGCUUCCAUGCUGCGAUCCGCCAAGGCCAUGCGGACGCCCGGCCCCCUACACUCGGCCAGGGCCCGUCGUGCCCGCCGUAGUCGCUCGGCCUGCGGGGAGCUGAGUGUAAUCCACUCGGCCAAGGCGACCUCUAUCCCUAGCAGCAGCACCAAUGCGAAUCGGAUGUCUCGCAGCAAGAUGCGCACUCCGAUGUCCGCGCGGCCCAAGGCUUUCAGUGCCGAUCGCACUCCUCUUAAGCUGCACAGGGGACGCACCUCAUCGCCCUCGACUCCGCCAAUGGCCUUCCUGCGCUACCCUAAGCCGGGCGAGGUGGCGCUCUCCAAAUUUGGCAGUCCGAUGGUGGCCCAAGUAAUGCCGGAAAAGUUUGCCAAUGUAAACAUACCCAUUCGGAAUGGUAUCCUGAGCUUGCGACCCAAGAAACUGGAAGCAGGCGAGGUCGAAUCAAACCUGCUGGAAAACCUAGACGAGAAUACCUUGAAUCAGAUCAAAACGCUGCACGCCAAUUUGCAGAUGAUUGUGAACAAGGCCAGCCAGGCGGGCUUCAAAUAGUGGCCCCUUCUAAAUAGUAUCUAGACGUAAUCAAAUAUCAUUUAUUUUAGUAUGUUUCGUUUAAGUUCAGUUCGCAAAUUAUGCACUAGCUAUUGCUUAUUUUACCCCGUUUUUAUCCAUCAUUCAAAUCUAUAAAAGUUCUAAUAUAUGUUCAUCCGUUUAUAAUUGUAUUCGUUGGGAUUAUUGUAACAAAUAGCAUAAUUCAUAAGUCAAUCGACAGUAGAAAGAGAAAGAUUCCUCGCACCCGACUUUUGGCAGGUCGUCAGGCGCUGCGCACCAAGAGGAGAAGGAACGCCUGGCACAAGUCAAGGCCGAAAGUGUUCCAAGCAUCAAGCUUAUCCUCGCCUGGACUGACAAGCAUAUGCUUGAGAUGCAAUUAUCGAAUCUGAAGCGGAAAGGUUCCCGAUCCACCAGACGUCCGAUUACUCAGCAAUUCGGUAAGCACCGAUCGCGGACGUUGGCGCAUUCGUGAUUCCUUCCAGCUGCCGCGCCCAAUUGUACAAUCGUUGGACAAAGGACCUUUUAAGCGUGGAGGAGCUCCCAAGAAAGUACCACCGAUCACAUUCGUACGUUGGCCGCGUGCCGGAGUUGUUGUUCUGCAGCAGCGGCAGCCCGUAGCAGCUUCAAAUCGAAUGCACAGCAGGAAUGCGGUGCGGAGGAGUACAUACCCAUCAAGAAGGGCGUGAUCACGGUGUAGCCCCUGCUCACCGCGAAUUCACUCAACCAAGUGAAGACUUUGCUAACCAAUCUAGGAAUGAUUGUGGACAUGGCCAACAAAGUGGGGAAGAUGUAGGAUGUAUGGAGAUCGAAUUAACAAUGACAGACUACGCCCUGGAUCACGACUUCGGACAGCCCUCAAACCAAUAAACAAUACCCAACAAAGAUGUAUGUAAGGAAUGAGUGGAUAAUACAUAUUCCUAAAUAUUAAAUAAGUUUCAAUAGGUAAAGAAUAGAGAAUUCAUAUGUGACAAUUUGAACUUAA